AUGGCCCGACUCCAAUUUCUUGCUGCUGCUUUAUUUCUUUACUGUACCCUGAUCAUAACAAUGUCCCAAUUUCAUUUUAUUCAUGCAAAACGUAGGGGAUUGAGCCUAAAGAUCAUCCCUAGGGACAGCCCAGAGUCUCCUUUAUAUGCUGGAAACCUGACUCAACUUGAGCGGAUAGAAAGAUUUAUCAAAUCCUCUGAAGCUGGAUCUCAAUAUAUUUUGGGAACAAAAUCAACUACUACGACUACCAAUUCAACGCUACUAUCGUACCAGCCUGAGAACAUUCGUCUUCGACUGCUUCUUGAAGGCGUUAAAUUCUUGGUGCAGGUAGGCAUUGGAUCGAACACCAGAGAAACAAAUGUUUUUAUUCGUGGACGCAGAAAGCUCCCCUGCAAUCACCCGCUCUGUCAAGGUGACAGUGCCCUCUACCAAUGUGUCGAUGGCGAAUGCGUUUAUCACUAUGAAUAUGGCAGCGGAGAGACCACCAAAGGCAUUGCAUCUUUGGAUACAUUUGAGCUUUUGGUUGGUGAUCAAACUACCACUGAGUUCAUUCCUGAUAUAAUCUUUGGUUGUUCCAAGGAGUCCCAUUUUCCUCAAUUUGCCCAAAAUGGUGUCAUUUCUGGGAUCUUGGGAUUGAAUCUGUCGCCGGAUUCUCUGGUGAGUCAGCUGUUUGAUGACGAGGACCGGCGUUUCUCUCAUUGCUUUGUGCCUUUUCCUGAUGCAAUGAUGUCUCCUAGUUUCCUAAAAUUUGGCAAUGACAUUCCCCCGCCGCCGGCAAACAUUCAGACAACCCCAUUUGUGACACUACCGUGGUCGUUUCACUACCAUUUGAAUUUACUGGAUAUAAGUGUUAGUUCUCAUCGCAUAGGAUUCCAUCCAGACACUUUCAAAAUCAAGAAAGAUGGCUCGGGUGGUUGUACUAUAGACUCUGGAACUCUGAUCACUCAAAUCGAUCAAAACACUGUUGGGAUCGAUGCAUUUUCUGUGGUGAUGACUGCAUUUCAGAAUUAUUAUGAUUCGCUCGGGCAGCUUGAGAGAGUUUACUCGACUGAAGGUUUUCCACUUUGUUACGAGUACCCACCGGAUUUCGGGGACUUUGCCACAAUGACGUACCAUUUCGAAGGUGGAGACUACUUUGUGGAUUCAAUGUACGUAAACUAUUACUCCGAUAUAGGAUAUUAUUUCUGCGUAGCAGUGAGGGAAGGAAAUGGGCAAAGUAUACUUGGAGCAUGGCAUCAGCAAAAUAUGCGCAUUACUUAUGAUAUCCAUGGCGUGCACUGCAUUUUGCUGGAGAGACCUGUGCUAAUAAUGAUUCUACCUAAUUCAUAUAUAAUAUUAUUGUAA